AUGGUGUCUGCUUGUGGCUGCUGCGAUGGACAACUUUCCGCGGGCGUAGAGGUGAUCGAAGCUCAGGAAGUGUAUCCGGCCAAGAGCUUGGGCGACGGCUCCGAAGGGCGCGAUGGAGUUCCGUGUGCCACCAAGUCCACGGCUCCAAGAGCGCUCACCAAGGAGCUGCGGCUGGAGAAGUUGCAGCAGCUGGAAGUGGAUACAGAAAUUGUGCGUGGUGUUCCACUCCAGGUGACCUUGCGGAACUUCGGGAAGAUGUGGCGCGUAUCUCCGCUUAAAAUGUCGGAGGAGGCCCGUAACAAUCUGUGGAAAAAGUCCGUUCACAUUGACAGCUUCGAUGUGUUCCUUUCCCACACUUGGCAUACGAAGGGAAGGUGGAAAGUCUUGAGCUUGCUCUUGCAAUCUGGUCUUAGCGUUGCCCUGCAUGCUUGGGCUGCAUGCGUGGCGGUGAUGUUCUUGCUGUCGAGCAAUUGCCUCCUCCCACUGCCCUUCGAGUACACCUCCAGGUAUGGUGACGGUACACAGCUCUCGUGUGGGCCUUGGUGCUUGUUGGGCUCCUUCAUCGGCCACGGCGCAGGGCUCCUGCUUGCACCAUACGCCCCUACCGUCUGCUCCCGGGCGCCGAUGUGCUUCCUCGAUGUUGCAAGCAUCAACCAGACAGACAAAGAGCUCAUGGAGCGCGGAGUAUAUGGCAUUGGAGGAUUCCUCUGCAAGUCCAAGGAGUUGCGCAUGUUGUGGAGCACCCCCUACUUUACGAGGUUGUGGUGUGUCUUUGAAGUGGCCGCAUUCCGUACCGCAAAUCCAGCUGGGCGGCUAGCAUUCUGCCCCCUGUUUGUGGAGGUUGGCUCCUUUAUGUGCGUUGCUGGUGCAUACUUUAGCUGCUUCCUAUUCAUGCUUUCGAUACCCUUGGGAAGCGUGGUGGCGCCAAUGGCCUCCUAUGCCAUCGCCCUUGUUCCCGUCUAUGUGCUCAUGCACCAGUUCAGACAGAACGCCGCUGUUAAAUAUCAGCUCUUGCAUGACUUGAAAGGUUUUGACCUUGCAGCGGUGCAGAGUCACAGUGACUUUGACCGCAGGUUUGUCUUCACGGCCAUCCAGGCCUGGUAUGGAAGCACCGAAGCCUUCACCCAAUUUGUGCAAGGCCCUCUCCGGGAAGAGUUGUUGGAGUCUGGACAAUCAACCAUUCCACUCAAGUACAUCUUGCUGCCAUUGGGAGUGAUGGCUUCGCUCUCUUUGGAUUGGGUUGUGGCACUGCUUUGUGCACAUGUCUCCGCAGAUUGGCUCUUGGUCGAGCUUUUGACCAGCUGUUUUGGCUUCAGCAUUUGCUGGUUCUUCGUGUCCUUCAAAGUUGCCGCUUAUCUUUGCGAACGCUUUGCUACACCAUUGUUUCCCGGUCGACUGGACUAUCUGCAGACCUUUGCCUUCUUUGUCCUCUUCGUCUUGAUUCUGGGUUCUUGUUAA